UUCGUUGAGCACGAAGCUGGCGUCCGCGUCACCAACUCCUGACCUAGAGCUCGCACCUCUCAGCCUCGCACCGUCGCACGCUCGUGCGGCCCCAGCCAGCGAAGCAGCCAGAGCUCCCCGCCCCCGCACAAAGCUAGGGUUACUGCAGCCGCCGCCCCUCCGGCAGGCCCUCCGCCGGCGCGCCCUCCGCGGUGUUCCCCGCCCGUCCCGCCGUCCAGUACCUCCGCCCCUCCCGUCCCCUGCCUCCGGCCCUCCAGCCUUCCGGCCCGUCCGGCCCUCUCCUGCACCGCCGACCAGAGGAGAGGAGUUUGUCUGACUUCUCCAAUCAGAGCAUUGCAGAGGGAAAAUAGUAAUGGAGUUGAUAAAUGCUAACCCUGUGAUUCAUGAGAAAAGGGAGAGGCGCAUCCGGCAGGCACCAGAAAACAUAGAUGAAAAUGCACCAGAGGCCAUAGACCAGCUUGAAAUAUUUGAUCAUAUUAGAGACAUAAAGGACCCAGAACAUCCAUACUCAUUGGAAGACCUUAAUGUGGUAAAUGAAGACUCAGUCGAAAUCAAUGAUGAACUUAGUCAUGUCAGGGUUACUUUCACCCCAACAGUGGAGCAUUGCAGUAUGGCCACUAUCAUUGGCCUUUGCUUACGUGUGAAGCUCAUGCGGAGUCUUCCACCUCGUUACAAGGUGGACAUACGGUUGACGCCUGGAUCACAUGCAACUGAAGCUGCCGUGAACAAGCAACUGAGUGACAAAGAACGCGUCGCGGCCGCGCUGGAGAAUUCAAACCUGCUGGACAUAGUGGAGGAGUGCCUGUCACCGACGCUCGGCUGAGACCUGAGUAGGACUGGAAACCAGUGCGUGGAUACAUUCCCAGACUACAGGAGAUUACAUAUGCUAUGCCACUCAGCAUAUUAUUACUUUGAUUGAUGUUUGAGAAGAAUUCUUUAAUUAGGUGGCGCAGGACGUGUGCAUGAAUUCUGAGGCCCUGCGCCUCUCUGAGAACGUUGCUGCCGCUUAAGCUCUCGUAUCGUAGUGCCAGUAUGUAGGUCGUCGAGUGCUGCUAUUUUUUUCUUGGAGGAACUGGGUGCUGCUAUGUUUUUGUACGGUGCUGAUUGUACAUCGAGGGAUGUAGUGUGGUGGUCCGUGCUGUAAAAUUUUGUCAUGUUUACGGAGAAGGGUCUAUGUUUAUCCUUUUUUUAACCUCA